GCCGUGAAACCAAAAUGCGUUGCUGGGUCUCACAUAUAAAGGUGACAGUAGAGUGUUUUCUCUAAGUGCAAACAGACACUCCUGUUGUCAAUUAACCAAUCAGUCCUGCAACAUGGCAACUCAGGCUAUCGCUUAUAAAUCACAGCAGCAAGCACUUGGACUGGUUUCAUGGCUCCAGGAUGGAAGGGUUCCUGUCCACCUUCCCACCCUACAACCUCUGCGGCGUCCCAGCCUGCCCCCCGGCUCCGGGCAGCAGCUGGGUAAAGAAAGAGGGCCCACUCAUGACCCCCCAGGGCCUUAACUACUUGGAGCUCUGCAAGGCCAUUCUGUCCCAAGUCAACCCCACUUUACCCCCUCCCCUCAAGAAAGCCAACACCAAAGAGUGCGGUGUGCAAGUAAAUGCCAAAGUGGAUAAAAUCAUUCAGUGCUCGCUGGGUCCAAAAACUCUAUUCUACCAGGAAGGCGACAAUUCAGUGGCCCCCGACUCCCCAAAGACCCCGGAUCUGGUCAAACCUGAGCAGCUGCGCUUCAUGAGACCCGUUUCCAUUUACUCUCCAGUGUUUGACCGCAGGAUCCUGAUGAGAAAGUUGAGCAGUGAUGGUGAGAGUGGAGGGAAUGAUGGAGCUGCAGAACCUGCAGGAUGUGAGGAUGCAGAUCAGACUGCUGAGGACAAACUAAAAGAUUUCAAGACAACUUUUCAGCAGUCUUCUAAGGGCUCCAGCUUGCAGUUCCUGGAGCAGAGGUAUGGCUUUUUCCACUGCAAAAAGUGCAACAUCCGGUGGGAGAGUGCUUAUGUCUGGUGCAUCUCUGGAACCAGUAAGGUGUAUUACAAGCAGCUCUGCCGGAAAUGUCAGGUAGGGUUUAACCCUUACAGAGUGGAGUCCAUCCUUUGCAAGAGUUGCUCUCAGACCUGCUGCAGCUGUGACAAGAAGCAGAGACACAUCAACAUGAAGAGGCCACACCGUCAGGACCUCUGCUGUCGCUGUAAGGGCAUGAGGUUGUCCUGCGAUGCCACCUACAGCUUCAAAUACAUCAUCUGAGCUCAUAUGGAUUCAUGUAGACCCCUGUACAGUUCAAUGGCCCACUACUCUGUUCCGUAAACAUACAGUGUACUUGGAAGUUGCCUCCAGUAAUGAACUUUAAGAGAUUUGAAUAUUCUCCAACCAGCGAGUAGCUGAA